AUGCAACAACGACGAGAAGAGAUUAUCGCAAAAACUGCCAAGCUCGCCGAGCUUAAGCGACAAAGGGAGCUCCGAGCCUCGCAGGCCAACUCCGGCCGUCAGAGUUUUGGGAGUGCCAGUGAGCUUAAGCUACCUGGUACCUCAAGGGCAGACAGCCGCCGUCAGAUCGAAACCAUCAUCAAUGACCUUCUGGGCGACAGCCGACCGGGCUCAACAAGCGGCGGAGUAGGCUCGCCAGGUGGUCCGCGAGGAAGUAGGCCGAGCAGCGUGCUGAGCGCAGGUGAAAUCAGCAAUGGAACAUCCGAGAUCCCGUCGACACCGGCGCUGCCCGUGCAGCCGAUAUCCCUGAGCACAGCUCCGCUGACGACAGUAUACGAGUGCCCGCCGUCGCCGGUCAAGGAGGUCUUCUCGUACAGCAAGGGCGUUCAGACGACGGAGGAAUGGACGGGUCCCAACAGGCCAAUGUCGCAGGCGGGCACAUCGGAUACGGACGACAUACCAGGGACGACAGUCAUGUCGCCAAGCAAGCAGCGUCUAAGCAGGAAGGAGCGGGAGCGGGAGGAGGAGCUGCGGCAGAAGAUCCGGGACGAGGUCGAAAACGAGCUGCGAGCGGCGAAAGAGUACGUGACGGACGGUGUGAUGGCGCCUGAGGGCGCCAAAGCAAACUACCCGUCGCGGGAUCUGACGCAGGAGGAGCUGACAGCCGUCAUCGGGUCCGAAGACUUUUUCGACUUCCUGGAGAAGUCGACCAAGGUCAUCGAGAGAGCCUUUGACCAGGAGACGUACGACAUCCUGACCGACUACGCGCUGCAAGGCCAGGAGGCCGACGACGAUGAUGAUGAGGCGGGCAAUACGGGCGGCCGGGGCAAACACAGGAUAAAGGAAGUGGCCCAGUUCUAUGACGGGCGGUGGUCCAAGAAGCGCAUGAUUAGCUGCAUCGACUUCUCGCCCAAGUUCACGGAGCUGAUGCUUGCCUCGUACACCAAGAACCCGACGGCCCCUCACGAGCCCGACGGUCUGGUGCAGGUGUGGAGCAUGCACAUGCACGACCGGCCCGAGUACGUCUUCACGGCGCAGUCGGACAUCCUGACGGCCAAAUUCUCGCCUUACCACCCCAACCUGAUCGUCGGCGGCUCGUACAGCGGGCAAGUGCUCCUAUGGGACACACGUGCCAAGUCGGCACCGGUGCAGAAGACGCCGCUGACGGGCUUUGGCCACGCUCACCCCAUCUAUUCGGUCGACAUUGUCGGCACACAAAACGCCAACAACAUCAUUUCGUGCUCGACCGACGGCGUCGUCUGCGGGUGGAGCAUGGAUGUAUUCGCGCAGCCGCAGGAGCUGCUGGAGCUCAAGAACCCUACACAGGCCAAGGUGGCCGUCGAGGACGUGAGCCCCACAUGCCUGUCGUUCCCGCAGACGGACCCGACCUUCUUCCUCGUCGGCAGCGAGGAGGGCACGAUCUUCCCGUGCCACCGGUACGACAGGGCCGGCGCCAAGGCGGGCGUGGACAAGAAGAUUGCCUACAAGGGCCACACGGCGCCCGUAAUGUCGGUCGACUUCCACCCAGCCAAGGGCCCCGUGGACCUCGGCGACCUAGUUAUAUCGUCGUCACUCGACUGGAGCGUCAAGCUGUGGAAGGUUCGCGCGCCGGCCGCCGCCUCGACCGUCGGCACGGGCAACGGCAUCAUCUCCCCCCUCAUCGACUUUGUGCGCGAGGAUGUCGUCUACGACGCCAAAUGGUCGCCCGUCAAGCCCAGCGUCUUCGCCCUCGUCGACGGUGCCGGCUGGCUGGAGGUCUGGGACAUCUCGGUCGACACCGAGGAGCCCGUCUCGCGCAUCUCCCCCAGCUCGUGCCAGAACAACAAGACUCUCUUGUCGAAGAGCCUCAACAAGCUGGCCUGGGAGCCCACUGACGGCAAGCGCCUCGCCACGGGCGGUAUCGACGGCACAAUCUCCGUCUUCGAGGUCGCCAGUGGGCUCGGUGGCAAGGACAACCUCAAGCACGAGGACUGGACCAAUGUUAAGAAGCUGGUUAACCGCGUGGAUGCUGUGGGUAUGAAUGAAGUCAUGGUAGUUUAA